AUGGAUUAUUAUUGUAGUUCUCAGACAAAAAGAAGACGAAUUAAAGCCAAAGUUUCUGAGCAUUUAAAGUUUUUGGAAGACUUCAAGGUCAAAAGUGGCACAUUUUCUGAUUUGGAUUAUGCUUCGGAAGUGGACAACCAGAUUUCCAGUGAAAAGUGGAACUUUGAAGCUCAUUUGAGUGAAAAAGAGACUGAUGCAGAAUUUGAAGAUGAACAUGAAGAACAAUCAGCUGCUGGAAGAAAAUUUACUGCCAGUAGCAUUGAAAUAGAUUUGAACAGCAUGUCUGAAGAAAUUGAUCGCACACGUACACUUAAAAUAAAGCUUGCUGAUUGGGCAGCAAAUCGAAAUAUCUCACACAGUGCAUUGACAGAGCUGCUACAUAUUUUAGUGCACUAUGGUUUGGAUUUACCCAAGGAUUCUAGAAGUCUUUUGUCAACUCCCAAAACCUUUGAAGUGAAAGAAAUGGGACAUGGUAUUUACCAUCAUUUUGGACUGGCUAAGACACUAACUUCACAGCUUUUAAAUGACUCUCAUCUUUCAGUUGAUACGUUGACUCUCCGGGUGAACAUUGAUGGCUUACCACUCUUCAAAAGUUCAAAAAUGGAGUUGUGGCCUAUUUUGGCCACGAUUAAGGAAUUUCCAAAAUCUGGUGUGUUUAUCAUUGGCUUGUAUGCAGGUGUGGCCAAGCCUGACUCUGUCACAAAAUACUUGAAAGAGUUUAUUGAAGACCUGAAGACAAUGCCUUCAUCUGUGAUGCACCUGCUCGGGCAUUUUUUGAAAUGUAUCAAAGGUCAUUCUGGCUACAGCUCCUGUGAACGCUGUGUAGAGCAUGGAAUUUACAUGGAUAAAAAGGUUGUGUUUCCUGAUUGUACAGCACCUCUACGAACAGAUGAAAAUUUUGAACUUUUGACAGAUGACGAUCACCAUCAUGGAGUUUCACCUUUGCAGCAGCUUGGUGUAGGAAUGGUGUCGAGCUUUGUGCUCGACUAUAUGCAUCUGGUUUGUUUAAGACAUGUUAAAAAAGUUAUAAGUUUGUGGAUCAAAGGACCUUUAAGAUGUCGUCUGUCUGCAGUUACCAUUUCCAUUAUUUCUAAUCACCUGAAAUCAGUGAGAGAUCACCUUCCUAGAAAUUUCUCUAGAAAACCACGUUCACUGAUGGAGUACAGUCAAUGGAAGGCAACAGAAUUCAGACAAUUUCUGUUGUACACUGGCCCAGUGGUUCUUCAAGGACGACUAUCAGCACAAAUGUACAACAACUUUAUGUUGCUCUCAAUAGCAAUGACAAUUCUUCUCAGUCCUGUUUUGUGCUGUAAAUACUGUGACUAUGCUGGAAAACUGUUGAAGUGUUAUGUUACCAAUUUUGCGAAGUUGUAUGGAACAGAACACUUGGUCUACAACACCCACUGUCUCAUACAUUUAGCUGAUGAUGCCAGAAAAUAUGGUGCCUUGGACAAUAUUUCAUGUUUUCCCUUUGAAAAUUAUCUUGGGACAUUGAAGCGACUUGUACGAAGACCCCAAAACCCUCUCCAACAAGUCGUCCGGCGUUUAGCUGAAAAGCCCAUUCUGGGAGAAGAUGGAAGACAGGGUAAAGCUCAAGUUCCACAUUCAUGUGGUCCAACUCUCCCAGACUUUCCUGCUCGCAUGCAGUUCAGGCAGUACAGACAUGAGGGAACCGUCAUAUCAUGUUGUGUAGGAGAUAACUGUUUUGAUGUUGAGGGCAGAGUUGCUGUAAUAAGGAAUAUAAUACAGUUGUUAUCUGGAGCCAUGUACACUGUGUGUCAAUUUUAUGAACAACAAGACUGUUUCUGCAGAUACCCUAUUGAUUCAUCUUGUCUAGGAAUCAGAACUAUGACACAACUUUCAGACCGUCUUUAUGGUGUACCGGUGACAAGCCUGACAAAAAAACUGGUAGUCCUUCCUUUGCGGAACGACUGCUAUGGAGAAGCACGACGAAAGCUUUCAAGGGCAGAAGCGACAUCAGAUCUUCAAACGGAUUAUGAGAUCCCAGAAAAGCGACGUAGAAGAUCCUCCCACAAAUGGGGCACAUUUUCUUCAAGUGAAGACAGUGUAGACUCCUCAGAGAAUGAAGUUCCACCUUCUCCUCCCUUGGAACUUGCCACAGUUGGAUCUGCCGCAAAAGUGUGUAGUCUCGGUGUGUCCAGAAAUAGAAGCCCCAGC